AUGAAUUUUUUUCAGCCUCCUUUGCAAAAAACGACUGUGAAUUUUUUUUACCCCCCUUUUUUUCUUGCAAGAUUUUUGUGCUGCUUUUUUUUCACAAAAAAAAUUUUCAAGUUUUUUACAUCAUUUUAUGCCAAAAAAAAAGAGGUGGCAAAAAUCGCCUCACCCAGAAUUAAGUGCUUUGCAUAAAACUAAAAAUUUAACUCAAACCAGUUUUUCAACGACAAUCUCUAAAUAAUUAAUAUAUUGUCCUAUACUAAAUUGCUCUCUUUAAAAUUUUCAGAUAAUUUACAGUAA